CUAGGACCCUUCAUGCUCUGAGCAUCAGUACCUUUUCACAUGGACUCCACGGUAGUGCUCAUUACCGGUUGCUCUUCUGGAAUUGGCCUGCACUUGGCUGUUCGUCUGGCUUCCGACCGUUCCCAGAGCUUCAAAGUUUAUGCCACAUUGCGGGAUCUGAAGUCACAGGGACCAUUGUUGGAGGCAGCCAGGGCUCAAGGAUGCCCUCCUGGCUCCCUGGAGAUACUGGAAUUGGAUGUCAGAGACUCGGAAUCUGUGGCUGCUGCCCGGGCAUGCGUGACGGAGGGUCGAGUGGAUGUACUGGUCUGUAAUGCUGGACGCGGCUUGUUCGGGCCGCUGGAAGCGCAUGAGUUGAACGCUGUGGGUGCUGUACUGGAUGUGAAUGUUCUUGGGACCAUCCGGAUGCUUCAGGCCUUUCUGCCAGACAUGAAAAGGCGCCACUCCGGGCGUGUGCUGGUGACUGCGAGUGUGGGAGGUUUGAUGGGGCUGCCAUUCCACGAAGUGUACUGUGCCAGCAAGUUUGCGCUCGAAGGUCUGUGCGAGAGUCUGGCGAUCCUGCUGCCGCUCUUUGGAGUCCACGUGAGCCUCAUCGAGUGCGGGGCAGUGCACACAGCCUUCCAUGAAAAGCUGGAGGGCGGCCCGGGCGGGGCUCUGGAGCGAGCAGAUGCCCAGACCCGCCACCUCUUUGCCCACUAUCAGCGUGGUUAUGAGCAAGCCCUGAGCGAGGCGCAGGACCCAGAGGAGGUGACGGAGCUCUUCUUGACUGCGAUGCGAGCCCCGCAGCCUGCGCUGCGCUACUUCUCCACAAACCGCUUCCUGCCGCUGGCCCGAAUGCGCACAGAGGACCCCAGUGGCAGCAGCUACGUCGAAGCCAUGCACCGCGAGGCCUUCUCUGAUCUGCAGGUCCAGGAGGGUGCCAAGGCUGGGGCCCAAGUUUCAGGGGAUCCAGACACGCCCCCCAGAGCCCUCAUUUGUCUCCCCGAGUGUGCAAUCCCUAGGGUGACAGCUGAAUUGGGAUGGUCUGCAUCAGAUAAACCGGGUCAGAACAAAUCAUGUUACCAGCAAAAGAUCUAAGCUAGAAUCUCUUUUUAUUAUUUUAGAAUGUGUUUUGUUUUAAGACAAGGUUUCACUAUGUAGCCCUGUCUGAACUGUAACUCAUAAAGAUCCACCUGCUUCUCCUUCUGUGUGCAACCGCACACUUCUCAGAAUCAUUUGAAAUAGUGCAAACAUCAUCAUGGGUCAAGAUAAGAGGGCUGUAGUCGGGGUUGGGGAUUUAGCUCAGUGGUAGAGCGCUUGCCUAGGAAGUGCAAGGCCCUGGGUUCGGUCCCCAGCUCCAGGGGGAAAAAAAACCUAAAAAAAAAAAGAGGGCUGUAGUCAAGGUUAAGGGUUUUUCCUUCCAAUAAAUGUACUUAUUAAUUAUUA